AUGGCGGAACUAACGGUGGGUUAUGUAUCUGGUAUCAUUGCUGCGGCUGUAUUCCUGGUGCGCCUAUUCGUUCCUACUGUGAUAAGUUUGAUAGUCAUUGGACAUCUGCCGGAGGAAAAUUCGAUCGUGUCAUGGUCUGUUGUCAGCCGGCUGAUUCAUUCGUCAUACUGGCCAACAAUACUAGAUUCUGAUACUGCUGCUAGUACAGGGGUCAGCAGAGCGAUCAAAGCUUGUACAUGGCUACAGCUCGGUGCCCUUGGACUUGUUGCAGUGGCUGGAAUUGUAACUCCUUUAGGUCUAUACGAUGUUAUUGGCCCUGAUGAUGCCCCGACUAAUAUCCCAUUCCACUAUGUCUCUGAUACAUCUGCCUUUGGAAGAGCCACCCGCUCGAGAGAUGGGUACAGAUCACUUAGGAUCUGUUACGCGGAUGACGACCCGAAUACCCCGGAGGGAUGUCCUGGCGCACCCCCAAAUAUCAAUGACAUUGAAGACCCCGCUGAGGCAUACUCAAUAUGGCCGAGUAGUGUUGAUUUAUUCACGAGCGGAGAUGUACCGCCGACUGUUUCUAGCAUAUUUGACCUCCAGUGGCGGUCAUUUCGGUCAACGACCAGCUUUGGCGUGAAUUUCAUUUCGAGUGAAUACUCUGAAGGGUAUUACCGGCAAAUCUCGCAGUUAAUUAUGGAGGAAGGAAUCCUAGCGGUUGAGGGAUUGAUCAUUGAUACUAAGGCUGGACGUAUAGGUUUCCGGAACCAUACUAUCCCCGUGGAUGUGCGUACCGGUGCGAGGUGGACAGAAGACAUACUGUUCAUCGAGCCCGAAGCACGAUGUGUGAACACUAACCUGACCAUCGACUAUACUUACAACCCCUCCAGUGAGACAACUACGAUUGAGGAGACACGGGACCCAGUCCUGGUUGACCACGGCGGAUUCAGUAGCCUGCCCCAUACAGUGAAUGAGAUAGACGCAGGCGAUUUCCAGAAUAAUGUAGCAUUGUAUGACCGUGCGUACAAUGCUGCCUGGAGACACAAUAUGCUCGUGAUGCAGUUCUUCAAUGUAACCACCAACGGAUCAGAUGGACUGGAACCCUUCGCCUAUAUAAAUUCUGAUAUCGGAAAGAAGUUCGAUUUGCGAGGCGUAUCUGGCAGCUAUAUUACUCCUCUGGCUGUUCAGACAGACAACAGGUAUGCCGGGUUCCUUGAGCUCCCGUUUCCGAACAAUUCAGGGGCAGUAACGUCCCUCAGGGAUACCCCCGAGGGCCCUAACCCCGUCAAUCUGACUGCACUCGAUACUUUCGCAGUUGCCACGGAAGCUUGCCACUAUCCUUCGAUCCAGGAUCUGUCCAACCUAUCGUUCGUUGGUGUGUCCUGUGGCACUGUUUUCGCAGCCCCCGCGAGGACUGACGGGGACCCGCUCAUCCCCGACACAAACAGCACUUGGAGUACUCCGAUCUACUCCUGUGCUGCCGCAGCCAAAGCAGCCAUACGCACGGUCACAUUCAGCUUCAAUGGGACAGGAGAGCUGGACAAGCUUACAGUUGAGAAAAUAGAGCAGAAGCGCUACACGGGCUCAUCCAAACCUCCACUCUGGGGUGUCGAGCGAUUAACCAAUCACACGAUAAGGAACGCACGACCUCUAUGGGGCAUUGUCUCGCCUGAUGUAGCCACUCGUGACGAUAUCUCAUCUGUCCAAAGGGACCAUCUUUGGCUUCCUGGCUACCAAGAUACGUUCAUAUCGGACCUCCAGACCGGACAGUCAGACAUGCCCGGGAACCGAUUUUAUAUGGAUAGGCUGCUAUCUCUUUUCGACGUCAAAGAUCUGCAGAAGGCAACUUCUCGAUAUACUGGGCUUAACGACCUGGCUCUAUAUAAUAAAUGGUUUGAGCUGUCCAAGUCAGCAGCUGGUGUUGAGCAGAUGCUGAAACUUAUGUGGACUGACAUGGCUGCCAAUACUGUGGUUGGCACACGCGGCUGGCAUAGCGCCCCCUCGGCAAGGAAUGGAGAGACACUAUCCAAGCGAGAUGGCGGCGAUGUAAAUGUACCGGUCCUACUGUGGUCACAAACCAUCAAAUAUAGACUUCCCUACGCGAUCCCUGCAUUUAUACUACUUGCCCUCUGCCUGGCAUUGGCAGCGUGGAGCAUUUGGCUACUUAUUCUGAGACGCAUCGGCCUGAAGCAAAUGCGAACGUACCUUGCUCGUACCUCGCCGGGUAGGAUACUCGGACAUGCGCUGCAUCCAGAUCAAGGGAAUAUUCUUGCUUCGACAGAGGUCUGGCUUAAGCAGAUAGGCUUACGAACAGCCACUCUUCCCGGGCAGAAGGAAGACAGCGAAUUGCCAUUGUUAGAUAUCCAACAGACACGAACACAUGAAGAGGGUGAAUCAGAUCAAAACACCAAGUAG